AUGGCGACGCUCGCGCUCACUCGCGCGUUCCGUGCGGCACGUGGGACUGCUGCGCGUCAACCUGCGGCACUUGUCGCCCGUUCGUUUGCGUCCGUCCCUUCUGCCGCGCCGCUGCCUGCGUUUUCCGUCGUGGACCACCACGUGACGUCGGACGCGAUGACGCCGAGCGACUACUUUGCCGUCGUGAAACUGGGCGGUACGCAGUACAAAGUGACUGAAGGAGACGUUGUGAUUGCCGAGAAGAUUAAGGACGCAAAGGUUGGCGAGAUCAUGGACAUGGACGAGGUGCUGCUCUUGGGCAACGUGAACCAGACGAUUGUCGGCAGACCGCUCGUGUGUGGCGCGAAAGUGCGCGUGCGCGUGGAGGAGCAGACGCUGGACGCCAAAAUUGACGUGUUUAAGAAGAAGCGUCGAAAGAAUUACCGGCGCUGGAACGGGUUCCGUCGCCAGGUGACGGUCUUGCGUGUCACGGAGAUCGUGCCGAUCAGUGCUUGA